GUGUGAGGUCCGUCGUCAGCGUGAGCAGGAGGGACUUAUCGAUCAGAUGGAAGGUCAGUCCAGUGACAUCACAGUGACGUCAGCAAACAGGAAGUGCUCCGCAGUUACGGGAAGCGCCCGGAAAAUCAAAGACAAUGCCGCCGACUGGCACAACCUGAUGAUGAGGUGGGAAAAACUGAACGAGGAAGGGUUCACCGUGGCAGGAAACAUCGUCGACAUGAGACUGACGCGUUUUCAGGGUAAUCAGCUGCUGCUGGCGGAUGAGUUUUCACCGCCAUCAUUAACUUCAUCAGCUCCGUCGCAGCAGACAGGUGGCGCUGCAGAGCUGCAGGACGAAUGCUGCAAGCUGCAGGACGUCGUCAACAAAAUGGUUGCUGUGGUGACGAAGAUGGAACGCCUGAUGACAUCACAGCGAGGUGUUCAGGAGCUGGAAGAAUUUCAGUUUGGACCUGAAGGAAGAAAGUUUCCGCUGUUUCACAGCUGGAACACCAAACUCUUUGAGGACUCGUCUCGCGUCCUGUUGGAGUCCUUCAGUCAGGAGCUGCGGUUGAAGCAGCUGAUCCUGCGAGAACUCGCCCACACUUUGAACUCUGAUCGCUGCAUGGUCUACCUGUCCUGCUGGCUGCACCAGCCUUUCAUCCCCACCCAGAACAGACUGACCCUGGAGGCUCUGCUGCUGGAGACUGGACACCGCCCACUCUGAUGCUCCCUGUCCCCCAGACUAAUGUGAUCGUCUCCAGAGUCGUCUCUGAGAGUCCAGGGGUGUGGCCAAAAGGUCACAGCAGCAGUCAACACCAGGAACUACUGCAUGAGAACUGGACAGACAACACCUGGAUCCAUGCUAGAGAUCAUGUGACCCGCGACGGGUUCAUCAUAGUUUCUACUGAUGCAGCACCUGGAGGAUCAGGAUUUCCUCUAAAUGUGGAUUCAUGUGUGUGUCCAGUCUGCAGUGGAGUUAUUCUCAUUCCGACCUGGUCAUGAAGUCGUAUUUUUCUGCAUGAAACAACGCGGUCACAGGGAGAAGCAUUUCUCUCACAUCUUGUUUGUUUAGGAGACACAGGAUGUGGUUUAUCUGACUGGAUCCAUGGACAUGAAUCAAAUGAAGAGAGUCUAAUCUUUAGUCUCCAGUUCUGUUUCUGUCAGAGCAACUCGAGUCUCUGAAGCCUGAAAGUCAACGAGACACCAGACUAGACAUGACAACCGUCUGUAUUUCUUACUGACAGAAUUUAAAUGUCUAAUAAAUGAAAUAUUUGUUGCUGA